AUGCCAUUCCAUUUAUCUGAACCGACAAUAUAUCCUGACUCUGAAGCGCAUCAAAUUGCUGACCAAAUAGUCAAUUCAUCCAACUUAACGGAUAUCAGCCUGAAUUUACUCUCUACUUCUGCGCCGUCCGAAACCUGUUUUUUUAUUGAAUCCUUAUCAAACGCAAACCCCUCGAUUCAGCCCAAUCAUGCUGGAUCUUUUGAACUCCAUUAUGCCCCCCAUUCUUCUAAUCUGCCGAUUGAGCCACGCCCAAUCUCAUCCGUCUCCGAAUCAAAAAUGCCGCCAAACACUUCCGAAAUACGACAUAGUUCCUCUAUCAACCAGCUACCUUUCCUUGUAAACGGCCCACCUUUAUCUCAUAAUUUGGCUGAAGAGGUACCUUUAUUUACUAAUGCCACAACGCAAUCUUUUAUUUCGCGAGCGGCGACCAAAAUGUCUCCGCCUCUUUCAACAGGAUCACUUUCGCCAGUCGACCCACCACAUCGUGGCCGACCCGUUCUGCUGACGGUACUGACAGCCGACCGCUGCCGGCCACAUCGUGGGGAACAUACGGGCUGUUGGGGAACUCUGUAUAACCCAGGCUCACAACUUAAUAAAUUAGAAUCUACGCCUGGAGAAGCAAUGGCAUUAGAAGGCUGUACUAGUGAUCCUGGCACACUGGGGGAUGAUGUCACCUUUUUUGUCGAAACGCAUGACGUUGAUGCGACGGCAGUUGAAGUGGAGUUUUAUUUGGAAGCUUCACAGUUAAAUGAAGCCAAGGAAAUAAGCUCUUUCCAAGGUAUUGGUGGUGUGGAUACUACUGAUACUAAUGCUCAUAUUCUUCCUAUUGCAUUUGAUCACUUAUACAUGCGAAAUGCUACUUAUAACUAA